GAAGGCUGAGAUUUCUCAAAGUCUGACCACUUAAUAACUGAGGCGUUGGUACUCAUUUAGCCAGUACUUCUAGCAGGCCUCCUAAUAAGCUCCCUAGAUGAAAUAGAUCGCAUCAAAAUCAGUGCCCCAGCAAACGUUUUGAAAAGUGUCUCAGAGAUCUCUGUCCUCUUGGAAGUCUCCCCCACCCAUCUCUCCACUAAACAUGGACCUAAAACUAAAAAAUCCCGAGUUCUGGUACAGUCUCCAUGGCCAGGUCCCAGGGCUGCUUGACUGGGACAUGGAGAAUGAGUUCUUCUUGCCCCGCACCACAGAUCAGUGCUCCUUGGCUGAGCAGAACCUUACCAAAUACAGACUCCGAAUAAUGGAGUCCCCAAAGCUGCCUCUGGAGAGGAAACUCAAUCCUGACAAGGAUGGUCCUGACUAUGAACCCAAUCUGUGGAUGUGGGUGAACACCAACAUCGUGUGCUCCCUAGGUGGCGAGGAGGCCCCAAAGCCCAGUAAAAAGAAGGGUCUGGCAAGCAUGCCUCUCUCUUCUCAGCCACCACUGAAGGAUGAAGAGUCUAACUGCUCAGAGGCCACAGUGGUGGAAUCCCUGCCAUCUUCCUCCAGCGAGCAAUCUCCCCCACAGAAGCAAUUGGCUUCUUCUCCCAGUGACUGGGAGCUUAUGGAAGAGGAGGCUGAGGAACAAUAUGACAACUCCUCUGUGGCUCUCCAGUACCCUAAGAAAGGGGAGUGUUUCCAGAGCCAGAAGCUAUGGCAAACCAACAGCCAGGAGAGGAGGUCCUGGCCUUGGCUCCCACUCCAUUACAGCCACAUAAUUGCCUUGGCAUUAAGAAACAGCCCCCCCCCCCCUUGGGGCCUCAAUGUGCAAGAAGUCUACAAUUUCACCCGACAGCAUUUCUCCCUUUUCUGGACAGCUCCAGAUGGCUGGAAGAACACAAUCUACCACAAUCUCUGUUUCCUGGGCAGCUAUGAGAAGGUACUGGUCAGCCUUCCGGAUGGGACCAAUUCAAGGCCUCAGUCUUGCCUCUGGAGGCUCACUGAGGAGGGACACCUCCACUUUCAGGAGAAGACCCAUGCCUUAGCCUCCGCUAGGAGGGAGAGCAUCCAACAGUGCAUGAGCCAGCCAGAUGUGAUGACCUCCCUCUUUGACCUUUGA